AUGCAGUCGGCCAUUGCGUACAACCAGGCUCAGCGCAUGCGCGAACUCAAGCAAGGAAGCGCCAACGCAGCCCGCAACUGCAAAGUGGGCAAGAAGAAGCAACUUACGAGACGCUCGGCCGGCGACGCCAGCAGCAUCGAGGAGCUCGAAGAGGAUGGCAGCCCCGAGAUUCUUCUCGAGUCUUUUGCCACGUACAAUGGCGGAGACAUUCCCGACCGCCUACUGUUAGGCGACCGCGAUUCCGAGGACGAUGACUCCUCCGACGAAGACUCUUCGUCUGACGAGGACUAA